UCUGUCGCUUCGUUACGUUUACAUUUGUUCCCGACGUCGCGUUGUAUGAGGUGCGGAGCCAUUACCCUCGUCCGCUAAAAGCAUCGUGCCAUAUUCCCACUCGCGCCCUGAAAUUGACCGCGUUCUCGUAGUUUUAAGUGAAAUAUUAUGAGAGUGAAGACCGAAAUGGAUGACGACGAAAAGGGAAAAUUGUUCGUUGGUGGAUUAUCAUGGGAAACAACCCAAGAAAAUCUCCAACGUUACUUUGGCCGCUACGGCGAGGUCAUCGAUUGCGUCGUUAUGAAAAACAGCGAAUCCGGGCGCAGUCGUGGAUUUGGAUUUGUAACAUUCAGCGAUCCUGCGAAUGUUUCUUUAGUCCUUCAAAAUGGUCCCCACCAACUUGAUGGACGUACGAUUGAUCCAAAACCAUGCAAUCCACGCACUCUUCAAAAGCCAAAACGCAGCGGUGGCUUCCCGAAAGUUUUUCUUGGUGGCUUGCCAAGUAAUGUGACGGAGACUGACUUAAGAUCUUAUUUCACUCGUUUUGGUAAAGUCAUGGAAGUAGUCAUAAUGUAUGAUCAGGAGAAGAAGAAAUCAAGAGGAUUCGGCUUUCUCAGCUUUGAGGAUGAAGAAGCUGUGGACCGAUGUGUCGCGGAACAUUUUGUCAACCUGAAUGGAAAGCAGGUUGAGAUUAAAAGAGCCGAACCACGGGACUCAUCAAGCAAAAUGAACGAUAGUCAUCAGGGUCAAUGGGGCCCACCUCAACAAGGUGGUCCGCCGAUGGGAAUGGCCGGAAAUAUGGGGCCUAUGGGUGGACCGAACGGGCAGAUGGGUGGACCUAUGAUGGGAGGACCCAUGGGACCGCCUGGUAAUAUGAUGCAACAAUACCAGGGUUGGGGUACCAGUCCUCAAACUGGUGGAUACGCAGGAUACAGCACCCAGUAUAAUGCUCAAGGCUGGGGUGCACCACCAGGACCACCACAACAGCAGCAAAUUCCGCCGCCGCCGCCGCAUCAAUGGGGUAGCAGCUAUAACGUUCAACCAGCUGCAGCUACUCAGGGCUACGGAAGCUAUGGUGGGCCGGCGGCGGCCGCUUCAGGGGGCUACGGGCCCACGGCGGGUACUGGCGGGGCUGCGGGAGGCGGGCCUGGGGGCUCCUGGAGCUCCUGGAACAUGCCACAGAAUGGGCCUCCUCCUGGGACCCAGCCCCCACCCCAGCCCCCUCAGCCCAACUCCUCGCAGCCCAACUCCAACUCGAACCCCUCUGGCCCGCAGGGUGACAUGUAUUCGCGCCAAAAUACCGGUUCAGGUGCGCCAGGAUCCAGCAGCAGUUCGGCCAAGACUCCCGAUUACACUGGGUAUUCUGCGUACAGUAAUUACGCUGAUACUUCUUAUCCUCAGCGUUCGUAUCAGGGAGGAGAAAAUAGCCAAGGUGCACUUUCAAAUGGAAUAUCCAAUCCAAUUUAUUCAGGAAUUGCACCCAGUUACAACAGUCUUGCAAACAGAAUGCACGUAAUGCGGUUUUGACUACAGACGAGUUGACAAUGAAGUUUUGGACGAUAACGAAGUUGGACAGAAAUAUAAAAAUAUUGCGCAUUUGUACUGUAACGCGUAAGCAAGGCCACGGGUGCAAAUCGAUAUUCGCGGGCAUAAGCAAUUCUUUUAUUAAAAUAAUAGAAUUCCCGGGACGUUUCGAUUAUUGGUUUUUAACUCCUCACUCUAAAUCUGAAUCAGUGGAUAAUUCUGAUCAUCAGUUCUAAGUAUGCCACUGGUAAUCAGUGAUUAUCUGAACUGAAAAAUCAAUAAAUUUAUCGUGUAUUUAUUAAUGACUAUUUAUUAGUAUUUACGAGUGUAUUUAUUAAUAUACUGAUCAAUAAAAACUUUUCAAUGAUUGUCAGUAACUUUCAUUGAUUUUUAGGUAAAAAUAAUCACUGAUUUAUCCGUGCCAAGUAUGCUACUGGUAAUCCAGUGAUUACUCACUGAUUCAGAUGUAGAGAGCUCUCGUUUCGAACGCAAACAUUCGAAUUCUAUUUGUUUGCAUAAGAGAAUCGUCGUUUGCGCUCGCGAACAUCGUACUGGCCUUGAUUUACUAUCUGCGAUUGAUUUUAAUGAAUUGUAUUAUCAAAUAUCAUGUUAGGUUUAUCAUGUAAGUUUUUAAGGUGUUCACACUGCUCAGUAUAUUAAUUUAUAAAUAAAUUCUGUAAGUCUUUUAACUGCAAUUAUAUUUAAUUAUUUUGACCACAAAAUUUUAUACGGCCGACCAUUUACCUAGCUCGCUAAUAUGUCGCUAAUAUGAAUCUUUUGCAUUUAACGAGAGUUUUCUAAUACUUGUGCUUCGGACGCGACGCAAAUGUGACACCCACAAGAAAUCGAACACACACAUACACAUCGUAGACGCUUUUAAGGUAGCGCAUACACGUGAAGAUUUAUAUAUAAGCGAGCGCUUGGAGAACUUUGUCGAUUAGAGUACCUACCGCAUUUUACCCCCUAUGUCGGAAGGGACGCUCGCCGUCAUUUACAUCAUUUACUAAGCAAACCACGGCAAGAUAUAAAGGUGCCGAUAUAUAAAUAGUAUUUACGAGUCUGUAUGCGCAUGGACUAACUAGAUAACUGUUUGUAUUUUAACAAGUAAUAUUUAAUGUUUGAUGUUUCAUCCACUCCACAUUAUACUUGUGUGCGUAAACGUAGGAGAACAGCCGUGGAGGUAACUGUGUUAAUAUUGAUAGACGAAUCUAGGAUGGGUUAGUGGUUGGAACGCAUUUUCGGCUAUCGUGGUUUUCCUCUUUUCGUUCAUCACAAUUUGAGUUGCGAGUAUCUGGCGAGUAAGAUCGUAGAAUCAAAAUUAUUUCUGACAUUGCGACACUUCUUUCAAUGAUGAAAAUAAUAGUAAUUACGUAAAUAUUGAAAAACUCGCAAUUCACCGAUCAUUUGGUGAGAUUUGUAAGAUAAUGGAAAUUAUUAAUUCUUGUUGAAAAAUAUUGCAUUUAAUCUGAUUGAUCUGAAUGCAGAUCGCACGGGUAAAUUUUUUCGAUUCUAUUCUAUAUCGUCCCCAAAUUUUACUCGCCGGAGGAGCUCGAAAAAUUUAUCAAUCAAAGGGAAUGUUGGGGUUGAUAUUAAAACGGUUCGCAUUUCCAAUCCUGGGAUUCAAUUGUCGACUAGGGCGCGGCAGUUAUUGAAUCGAGAUUGAGUUCAUGUUUCGCUCAUUUUAGAAUUUCGGUUUCGUCAGAACGGACGCGAGAGGCUACAGAUCGAUCGCUCGCCAAGUCGAAAUUACCGGCUAAUUUUCGCGUUUUAUCAGCAUACAGUUAUUACGCUACAGUUAUGUUCGUUUAAACGUAUAAUUUCGCCAAGUGAAAUACGUCCAACGACCACUGCCCUCCGUGGAGACACGAGAGCGACGGUCCUUUUCGUGUCUGGCGGUGUCCCCCUUUGGAUAGGGGCAGCCGGAAGAAGGGUCGCCGCGAUACAUAAUACGAUACAAACGAGCGUAUUUUAUCGUGCUGAAUAAAAAAAAGGGAAAUAAAAAUCGCGCGUCUGCUGUUUCUCCUUGCGAGCCGCGUGCGCGCGUACUCACGCGCUUCAGCCCGAUUUGGAAAUAUUGCCGUGACACUUAGGCUUAGGAUAAAAAAGCGGAAAAACAAAACCUUAUUAAAAGAUAAAAGAAGUGUCAAAGUACUGCUACAAUUAUCACUAAUUAACUAUUAACUAUUAACGCGUUAGUACCACUUAAAACGAAAGAUUAGCGGGGAGGGAAGCGAGAGAGAGAGAGAGGUAGAGACGAAAAACUACUGUUGUUAUUAAUUUCUAUUUGUAAUUAAUUAAUUGUCAUCAGCCAUGGCUUUACUAUUUUCUUGAUAAAAUACUAUAUCGAACAGCUUCUCGAGGCUACGGAGCAAUGAGGGCGUGUGAGAAAGUGCGUAGCUUAGAUUAGUAAGGCGAGCAUGUUUAAACGUUAAUUAAGAUCGAUGAUUGGGAGUGAGUGCUUAAUUUGUGUCGUGGUUCUGUAAGAAUCCUGUGCGGCCGAAUGCUGCGUGGGUGUGCAUGUGCGAGAUGAAAAAAAAAAAGAAACGGGCGCAGCAAAAACUUGGGACUCGGUUAGAUAGAUAAAUAGACAUAUAUAAGACGACCUGGAAAGACUGGGAAUUAAUUAAAUCACAUCCUCGGAGUAGAGUUAAUUAGGAAGGCUGGCUGUAAAGUCAAACGACUGUUCGCGUUUAUUGUUACUAAUAGUUAAUGGGCUAUCUCUAACGUCUUACGGUCUAGUUUACUCGAUAAAUGGACAAAAAAAAGUUGUUUAAUAAACUCGUUACCUCCGCCUAAGGAUGAUAGCUGUUACGAAAAGUCGUAAGGUUUAGCUGGGUAAGGCCGAAAUCGCAUUAAAUAAUAUGAGGAUAGAAAGUACACACCGAAAGUGCUACACUACAGAUCUCUCUUUUUCUUAACGCGAGAUAGUUUACGGAGGGAAAGAUAAGUGCGAGCGAAAUUUUCCAUUUACCCGAUAUCAGCAAUUCCCUUUUAUCAACUCGAUUUCGUUCUACCUCGUGCGCGGUUCUCGAUAUCGCAUCACGUCUCGAACGACGACGACGACUUUAAACUUCAUUUAGCUGGUAAUGUCUGAGCAAACAAAGAUUAGGAUUCGCAAUUAUUGAAGCAAGCUUCGAAAAUAAAUAACUCUAACAACGCGCGAGACCAAGUCGACGGCUUAUUUUCGUUCUCUUUUAUAUUACAUCGGGCGCGAGUGUUUACCUCGUGCUUCGAUGACACGAUUAGCGGACUCCUUUUUAAACGUGUCUUAAAAAAAUCGCGACGAUACGUGUCGUCGUGUGCCCCUUCCCGGAGGGUGCGACGGCGUCGGCAAAAGGCGGACGGGGUGAAAGACGAAUGAAUGUGUAAAACUUGGGCAAGACGUCGUAGCGGUAAAUCGAUAUAAUUAUUGAUUAAGAGAUAAGUUGUGUACAAAUGUAUUAUAAAUUAACAAUUAUCUCCAGAGUACCUUAACGCAGAAAGGAAAACAAGUAAUUAAUGAAACUCACUUGACUCGUUUUAAUUAUCGUAAACACAUAUUAUAUAUAUAGAAACUCGUUGGCCCGCUCUUUUCGACGGGCGGGCACGAGGGCGGAAGCAUUGUGGGCGCAUAUAGAAUCAAUAAUUAAGGUAUCGAUUAUUGUCUAAUUAAUUAAUUAAACUCGUAACUCUCGAAAUAAGGCCGUUGUAGACAAGUAUUAAAAUAGGGAAAGUGAAAUAUUUUUAAUGAAACCACAAAUGCCAACUAUUGUGUUCUCGUGAGAAUCAUAAUUAUUCCGUAAUUCUUAAGUAAAAAGAAAAAAGGAAAGCGUAUCUAAGUCGUUGAUUAUAUAAGUCGUUGUAAUUUAAUUCUUUUGUUAGAAAGCAAGACGGUGGAAGAAAGUAAAAUGGGAUAUGAUAAACCACACGCAGAACGAGACGUACGUAACUGAGGCGAAUGGACGUGCGCACGAGAUGCGAGAGAAUGUCGAGUGAUUGACGAAAUUGCAUGAUAAUGAAUCGAUAGGAACGGUGAUCGAGCGACUGCUAAUGAAUGUUAAAUUGAAGGAGGAAUCGAAUACAUUCGUGUACUUUUUUUUUUACUUUUCUGAUAAACACGCAGAGUUUAUUAAAAAUAUAUCGAAUAAUUUAUUGGAAUUUAUUCAUUGAUAUUAUCAAUUUUAGCAUUGUUUAAAAAAUUGUAAAGUAAUUUUUUUUUUUUUUUUUUUGUAAAAAGAAUCGCGAUUUGAAGCUAAGUCUGUUGAUUCCUACGAUGACGAUAUCUGCAUUUUAAGAAAAUAAUGAGAACAAAUGGAGAAAUAUAAAGGAUUAUGGAAAAGAGUUUGAAAAAUUUUGGGAAAAAAGAGACGAAUAGAUUCGAUUUCUCGGAUGGGAAAGACGACAUGAGAGGCUCGAACGAAAGGGUUGUGUGUGAUUAUAAGCGAUCAGGAGACAACGAGUGAGGACGUAAAUAUCCGACGUUAACAACCAAAUGGCAGAUACAUACAUACACAUAUUUAGAGUGACGUUCACAAACGCAGUUUUAGUAAUACAGGAGCAUAGAUCGUACGGGGUACAAGUUGGCGCGCGACCAUCGCGCGUCGAAUCAGGUUUAAGAUUUGCCAAAUCUUACUAAGUAAAAAAAACCACGCGAAACAGAGUAAAGUUUAUUAAGCUGCACUACGUAUAGCAUGUAGGGAGUACUUGCAUUAAAGAGAGAAAAAAAAACAUAGCUAAAAACCGUUAGUGUUUAUUAAAACGAAGAUGUGAUGAAAAGUGCCGGCGCAAUAUUUCCAAAUCGAAGCCCCUCGAACCUGCCGCUUGUCGGAAGGAAACCGCCCUCCGAUCCCGAACGAAUCCGCGUGCAAAAAGAAACACAAAAGAAAAGAAAAUGGGAGGGAGAAAUGUGAGGAGGAAAUCGUGAUCACAAAUCAAACGGAAGGAGACUCUCGGUCAUUGCAUUUCUCUUGCAAUCGUGUCUCCGUUUUUCUUUUCGCGAUCCUUGUGUCGACGCAUCAGUGUGUCGACGGAGCGUUUUAUAGGUUCGCAGGGCACAUGCAUAAUGUUAGUUAUCAAAAUGUGACAAAAAAAAAAACGAUCGUCAAAUAUAACUCGUCGGGAACGUGUUGGUGUCCUGCGUGCGAAGGAAAGAGCACGGCGAGAGCGAGGGAACGGAAGGAGGAGAAGACAGAGACGGAUCGACGAGUGAAAAUUACGAAAGUAGUUAAAAAAUAAUUAACGAUCGUUAUCUAUUUUUAGCGAUGUUAUCUCCGACACGACGGGUGGGGGAGAGAUCACGGGAGAUUGGCGUGGGCGAAACGACAAAUGAAAGGGAGGCACGAACGGCGUUUUCGGUACACCUAUCAGAUUGAAUUGACGUGACGCGAAUUUCUGCGUUUGUUUCAUACGAAAUAGCAGGGCUCUGCAAUUGACGUAGUCUGCGUGGCGUGGGUGCGAUAUGGGACCGAAGUCGGUCAAGGCGUUCCUUCGAGAUUAAUAACGGAAACACAUGCCGAAGUUUAAUUAGUCUGCAUUAUAAAUUAAGAUUCAAACUACGUAACGUCGGACCGUAUAUCGUCGUAGAGCUUCGUGUAAUGCCACUUAAUAUCAGGACGAUCAAUUCUUAAUGAAACAUCUGUUGUGCUAAUCUGUUCUUAACAAUUUCAAUGAAGAUACUUAUAUUAGUAUGAACUUUAACUUGUAAAUAUUGCCAUUGAAUCAGUAUAGCAUGAAACAAAAAAUUUUGUAAGCCAUAUUUUUUAUAUAAUUUUUUUAUUACGACAGCCAUCUGUAUCGGAAUAUAUUUUUAUAUGUAAUUACAAUUUCAAAUCUAUUAGUAAAAAUGUAACUGCGGACACUUUCCAUCAACUACUAUUAGCUUAUUCAAAAUAAUUUUUUAAUUUAAUUUCAUACUUCUCGUAUUUUUGAUUACUAUAGAACGUAAAAUAUAUCUUAAAUAUAUCUUUUAGCUCAGUCAUAAUGAUGGAAUAUUAAAAUUUAAAUCUUAAAUAAUUACUAUAGGCUAUUGCAAAUUAAUAACCGUUUUAAUGUGCUUCCAACAGCGUCGCAUGUACAACAUUUUCCGCGAGGGACUGCAAAAAAGUACCGUCUUCAAACAUAAAAUUUCCCGAAUAAAAUAAAUCUAAAGAAAUGUAUUUCUGUACUAGAGACUAUCAGAAGUGUAUGUGAUUUUUAAAGAUUCUAUUGAUUUAUGUGAAUUGUUUUUUUUUAACAUUAAAAUGCUUUUUACUUUAUUCUAUGUAUAAGAAUUUGCAUGGUCCGACCUAUUAAAUAUUCUCUUUGAGAAUGCCUGAUAUUAAAUGUCUGGUCUUAUAACGGCUAGUGUGAAUUGCUUGAUUUGAAAUUCAUAGAAGAAUAUCUGAUGUUGCAUCGAUACGACGGUGACGUUACGUAUAGCUUGAAUCUGAAGAUAUGAAUAUAUGAAAGAAAUAUCGGAGGCGGAUUUAUUAAAUGAAUCGUACCGAUAUAAAUCUCAGACGUGAGUAGAAGUUUGAAGCGGUGAAAAGGGAUGUUCAGAAGUUGGACGUUGAAAUCAGUAUGGAACAGGCACUUUAGAAGUGAAUUUCACAGAUGACUGGCAUAGAUCAGGUUCAGAGGUAGAAGGAUAGGGAAAUUUGGAAGGAUUGAAGGUCGAUAGAUGGACGGGUUGUAGUAGGUCAAAGAGGAUGAAUCGAAGAUAGAAAUACAUAUGCCAGCGUAGUCAAGAAAACGAUGCGCGCUA